GAAGGAGUUGUUGGUACACAACGAUGGUUAUCUUGAUUUCCAUUUAAAGAAACACAUUGCUUGCUUUUUGUCAUUCAUUUGUUCAUUUACCUACUCGCCCAACCAAAAGGUAUUUACUUGGAAGCUGCCAUUUUAAUGAUGCCACCGACCCAACGGAUUUUGGUGAAAAGCGGUGGUUUUUCAACGCAACUAGCACGUCAUGUACAGGAGAAAAUCGAUGGAGAUCCUUUGUGGGGUUCACGUUUUGAUCAGAAGAAUCCCACGGCUGUUUUGCAAACACAUUUGGAUUUUCUUCAGAAUGGCGCUCAAAUCAUAGUUUCCAAUACCUAUCAAUCCAGCAUUGAGGGUUUCAUGAAACAGUUGCUACUGAGCCGUGAGGAAAGCAUACAGUUGAUGCGUAAAAGUGUGCAGCUUGCCAAGGAGGCUAAAUCUAAAUAUAUCGAAAUGGUGGAGAAAACGAAUGGCACGCAGGAGUCUGGUCUGCCACUUGUAAUGGCAUCGAUCGGCCCCUAUGGUGCACACUUACAUGAUGGUUCCGAAUAUAAAGGCAGUUAUUCGGAACGUGUCUCAAGCGCAGAUUUACAAAAUUGGCAUCGGCCGAGAAUUGAUGCUUGUCUAGCGGAGGGUGUUGACGGCUUGGCUGUGGAAACAAUACCAUGUCAGAUGGAAGCUGAAUCUGUUGUUGAUAUGUUGCUAAACGAUUAUCCUGAUGUAAAAUUCUGGGUUUCAUUUCAGUGUAAGGAUAAUGAAGCAUUGGCGCACGGCGAACUAUUUUCAAAUGCAGCCUAUUCAAUAUGGAAUAAAGUAAAGAAGGCAAACGCUGUUGAACGUUUAAUUGCCAUUGGUGUAAACUGUGUCAAUCCAAAGUUCGUUAAACCGCUCUUUAAAUCGCUGCACGUACUGGCCAAUGCCGAAUCCAUACCUCUCAUUGUGUACAGCAAUCGUGGCGAAUUUUACGAUGAAAAACAAGGGGAAUGGACAGGUCACGAUGAUUGCAUACCGCUGGAGUCUUAUGUACCUGAAUGGAUUGAGCUUGGCGCAUGCAUAAUUGGAGGUUGUUGUCGUGUUUAUCCUGAGGAUAUUCUACGGAUCAGGAAAUGUAUUGAUAAUAUGGGAAAUGAUAACUAAACAUUAAUGUACAUAUGUAUAUAAUUUUAUUAAUUUUUAAGCUUGAUGCUUAUAUGAAAAAGAA